GAUCAACCAACCGUGAUCAUGCGGACAGUGGAGCUCAUCCUCCUAAUGGGACUAGUGGAUCUGAGCAUCGGCCAGCCUUACAGUCAGAUCCAAUGGCUUUCCAUUCUGCGAGGGCGGCGGCGGCACGCCGGCUUGCAGGCCGAAGACGUGGACUGCCCCCUGGAGUGCGACUGCCCCUCAGCCUUCCCCACAGCUAUGUACUGUCACAACCGCAACCUUCAGCAUGUUCCCUACGUCCCCUCACAUAUGAAGUAUGUCUACCUGCAGCGUAACCAGAUCACAGGCAUCCAGGACGGCGUGUUUGACAAUGCUACCAACUUGGUCUGGGUUGUGUUGUUUCACAACCAGCUCAACUCAGACAAGAUUGGCAAGAACAUCUUCAUCAAGCUCAAGAACCUGGACCGGCUUUUCUUGGAUCACAAUGAGCUUACCCGUGUGCCUCCUAACUUGCCCAAGUCUAUCAGAGACCUACGGCUUGGUCACAAUAAGAUCUCAAAAAUCCUCCCCAACUCAUUCGAGAUGAUGGCCAACCUCAGUACCCUUCAGCUCCAGGAAAAUGUCAUAGAGGAUGUUGGAGGUGUGUUCAAGGGACUGAAGUCCCUGACCAUGCUGGAUAUGAGGAAAAACAAGCUGAGAAAAAUUCCUGUCAACCUCCCUGAGAGCCUGCAGCAGCUCUAUCUGGAGUUUAAUAACAUAGAGAAUGUGCCAGUGGGGUUUUUCACCACGUAUCCCAAGCUGCAGUUUGUUCGUUUGGCUCAUAACAAGCUGACAGAUAAAGGACUUCCAUCUAGUGUCUUCAACAUCAGCACACUGGUUGAGCUUGACCUGUCCUUUAAUAAACUGGAGAAGAUCCCUGUGGUCAGUAGAAACCUGGAGAACCUUUAUUUGCAAGCCAAUAAAAUCAAAGAGUUCUCCCUAAGUAGUUUCUGCAGCACAAUCGACAUGACAAACUUCUCCAACCUGAGAAUGCUGCGUCUGGAUGCCAAUGAGAUCAGCGCCAGAGACAUUCCUGCUGAAGCUGCUUACUGUUUGCGGCGUGUUGCCUUUAUUGAUGUGUAGCGCUUCCUGAUCUCUCCCACUGGUGUGUCAUAACUCAAUCAGGGUGUUGCUCCUUCUGUGACACCCCCACUCAUUGUCACUAU